AUGUUGGUUCCGAUUUUGAUAAUAGCUCUAUUUUCCUCAAUAGUCACUACUUACACUACUAAACCACCAUGUUGCCGUGAUCAUUUGGGGUCCGCGGCUUGCUCAAAGUUGAUGCAUCAAAAUACAAGACUUUUUGCGAAAAGGUGCAAUUCUGAUGCCGAGUUCAGACUAAUCCAAUGUUGUUCCUCUUGUAAUACUGACGGAAUUGGAAUGGCGUACGACUUGAUUGCUCGUUCUCUUGUCUCCGAGCAUUGUUUUGAUAGAUACGGUCCAAAAUUCUGUGACAGAUAUGUCAACAAGACAGACGUUUUUGAGCCACAUAACACGUGGUCUUGUGACGGCGAAAAUCCUCAAAUUGCUUUCCGUACAUGUCGUAAAUCGUGCGGGUACUGCAAUUUUAGCGUCGUCCAAUACACUUUGGAUAAUGCGCUUCAGGCGUGUCGUGUUCAACCGGUUGCCGAAGAAAAAAGAAGAUGGAGAUUGAAGUUUUAUAGUAGUACAACAACAACAUCAUCACCAUCACCAAUGGAAGUCAUAAACUCGACUUUUCAAUUUUGGAAUCAUAAUUAA